AUGUCGGCGAACAAGAAAGCCAAUCCCACCCUGGGCGCCGCUAAAAAGCCUGCCAUGGCUGGCAUUAGCUCCAAGGCUGAGAAGGAGGCGGAUUUGGUCAUGGGGACCAAUAACAGUAGUAUUGUGUCCAAGCGCAGCGUCGAGAUGCUCUACUACCCCAAGCCCCACUUCUUCCGUUACUUCGUCAAAAAGCCCCAGCGACGGUCGCCAUUGAUCAACCGCGGAUACUGGCUUCGUAUGCAUGCGAUGGCGGAAACAGUGCGCCAAUUCAUGCGAGAGUCGUCGGGGAAACCCAAGUUUGUCCUGAACCUGGGAUGUGGAUUUGAUCCUCUACCGUUCAUCCUCCUCAGCGAAGACCCAUCCCUGUGUAGAGAUACGCGAUUCGUCGAUAUUGAUUACGAGAAACUCAUGAUCAAUAAGAAAACGGCCAUCAGAAGAACCGAUGAGAUUACACAAACCCUCAAGGAUGUAGAGUUCUUGUCAGAUGAGAGUGCUGUGCAAAUCCGCAGCACGCACUAUCUCGGCAUUGGGUGCGAUCUAAAGAACCUAAAGAAGCUGGACGAUGUGCUGAGGAACGAGGUCCUCCCGGCUGAGUGCUCAGUCCUUUUCCUAGCCGAGGUUUCCCUGACGUACAUGGAUGUCAAGUCUGCCAAUGCAGUCCUCGACUGGGCCUCGAAGUUGAAUAACGAUGCCAAAUUUUGCAUUCUGGAGCAGUUCUUCCCUGACGGGCCUGACCAUCCUUUCGCCUCGACCAUGAUGAAACACUUCAAAAAACUCGGCGCACCGCUGUAUUCGAUCCACGAAUAUCCCUCACUGAGCGAGCAAGAACAGCGGUUCAAGAACGCCGGAUGGCGGCAAGCCCAUGCCAGAAGUCUUUGGGACCUAUGGUCAGAUGACGGGUAUGUGAGCAGUUCACUGCGCUCCUCCUUGAAUGCGGUGGAGCCGUUUGAUGAAUGGGAAGAAUUCGCGCUCUUUGCGUCACACUACUUCCUCCUUAUCGCCUCUACAUCACAGGGAGAAUUGCAUCACAGCGCAGACAAGACAGCACAACCCGGGCAAGUAGCAGAUGUGUCAAGUCAGUUUGCGCUUCUUGCAAGGUCUCCUGCGGGAGGUGGUCAGCGGAGGUUCGGAGCCCUCGUUCCUGAUGGCGAACACUCAUUUGGCUACCAUGCCGGGCUGGGGCGGCAGACGCGACUUGCAACGACGAAUUUGUACUCGAAUGCAAACGAUAUCACUGGUCCUACUUUGCCCUUUCCCUCCCGCGAGGUCCCGGCCCGGAUGUGUCACACGGUUACUCAUCUAGCCAGUGGCGAUUGCUUGCUCGUUGGCGGCCGAGCUUCACCCGCAGCAGGACUCCAAGACUGCUGGCUAAGACAAGGAACACAGUGGCGCCCGACACAAAACCUUCCAGUUCCACGGUUUAGACAUAGUGCGACAAGAGUGACCUUGGAUUCGAACCAUGUCUUGUUAUAUGGAGGGAAGACCAGUGAUGGCACGGUGCUCGAUGUCUGGUUGCUAUGGAGCGGCAAUGGAGAUGGGUGGAAACCAGUUGAGACCUUCGGAAAUACCCCUAGAGCCAGAUUUGGAGCUUGCCUGGCAAGCAUUGACAAUGCAUCGGGCUUCCUCUUUGGAGGAAUCAGCGCAGACGGCAUUGUCAUUGAAGAUUUCUGGACGUGGAAAUUGCACCGGCGCAGCGAUGGAUCAUACCAUCUGGAGUUGCACGACGGAACCGAGAUAUUACGGGCUUCGCCUCUUUUUGAAUACAUCAGCCGCUUUGGCGCUACUGCCACUUGCUCUUCGUCGGGGCUAGUAAUUGUUGGUGGUAUCAUUCCUCGACAGAUUGUGCCGUAUGACAAGGAAAUCAUGCUCCUCGAUCCAACAGCGCUGGCCAAUUGCCUUGCUGGCGAACCUUCACAGCCUCGUAAUGUGCUUUCUGCAGUGGGGUUAGGACUGAAUUUCGGUGGCCCAAGGCCUUUGCUAGUCGGCCACGCUUCUUAUGCCGUUGAUCCGAACCAGGUUCUGGUGCUGGGCGGUGGUGCGGUUUGUUUCUCCUUUGGAACCUUUUGGACAGAGGGCACUUGGCUGCUGAAACGCGUCGAUGCGGAGACUUCUGAGAACGAGUGGAAUUUGGUGCCUGAAAGUGCGCAGACGUCAAAGGUUGAGGAGCUGUCGGUUGACCCGUCCAGCAUGGACAACCAGGCCCCUAACGAGAUCGCACCGAUUCCUCGUGUGAAGGUUCAAACCGCUGCACAAUUCCAGCAAAUUCUGGCUGAUGGGAAGCCAGUGAUCAUUGAAGGAUCCGACCUUGGCCCUUGCACUGAGCGUUGGACAAAAGAGUAUCUCGGGGAUGCCGUUGGCAGAGACCGCAAGGUUGUCGUGCAUGAGGCUCACUCGGAGAAUAUGAGUUUCCAAGCCAAGAAUUUCUCCUAUACAACAAAGGAGUUCGGCUCUUUCCUGGACGAGGUGCACACAGGCGGCCGCCAAUAUCUCCGAAGCAUCUCUGCCGAAGAGCCAACCAAACUACCUGCCAAUCUAGCCGUGGAUUUUCCCAACCUCAAAGAUGAUUUUUGCCUACCGGAGCCCCUUUCUAUGGUUGUUGAGAAUGCGCACAGUUCUCCACUCAGGAUCUCGGGCCCAGUCACCUUGUGGCUGCACUACGAUGUGAUGGCGAAUGUUCUAUGUCAAAUUCGUGGAGAGAAGAGACUCAUUCUGUUCCCCCCCAGCGAUGUGGAGUAUCUUCAGGUUCCUGCCGGGGCGUCGAGUUCUACUAUCAACAUAUUCCAGAACCAUACGGAUGGUUCGAUUGCUGCCGUCCCACACACAUCGCCACAAGAAGCGGUUCUGUGUCGUGGCGACAUCUUGUUCAUCCCCCCGCUGUGGUUACACACAGCAUCCCCGACUGGCCAGGUCAGUGUCGCCGUAAAUGUUUUCUUUCGCAAUCUAUCGAAAGGAUAUGCAGCUGGUCGGGAUGUCUACGGAAACCGUGAUCUGCAGGCCUAUGAAAAGGCGAGAAACGAUCUUCAAAAGAUCGCCAAGUCUUUCGAUGGGCUUCCACCUGACAUGGCCCGUUUCUACUUGUUGAGGCUCGCAAAGGAGUUAAGAGACAAAGCCGAAGCAUAG